AUGCAGCCCCGCAAGUGGACUGGUUGUUCGGGUAGCCGAACCUACUUGGCGGGUAGCGGACGAGGUUCUGAUUCACUGGAUCCAUAUGCUUGGGGUUACUGUCAUAUUAAUACGACCACUAGUGACGUUGAGAAUGAAUAUUGUACAUCUACUUAUUGGGCAUGUGCUUCUGGAAAGAAGUAUAACAGUCGAGGACCCAUCCAACUCAUUCACAACCACAACUACGGACUUGUUGGAGAAGCUCUUUGGAUAGAUUUGAUAAGUACUCCAGAUUUAGUGGCAACAGACGUUGUUGUAUCACUCAAGAAAACAAUAUGGUUUCGGAUGACUCAGCACAACAACAAGCCUUCUUGCCACGAUAUUACUGUCAAUGCCAACUCUGAAACUAGUCAAGUCCUUGGUCACAUAAUCCAUGGAAAUUCUGGACAAAAGAGUAGUGAUUUAAUCACUAACAGCAUUGGGUACUACAAGAGGUAUUGUGACAUGUUGGAGCUCAACUAUGGAGAUAACAUGAAAUAUUGGUACGAUGAAACUCAUUUCUCGGAUGUUUCUCACUUACAAAUGCCUGUCUACUGAGUAUGAUAUGGAGGAAAAAGAAAUGGUGGCUUUCUGGUAUUAAACGAGUUUUCUCUAU